AUGGACGACGAACGAGCACUCGAGCUCCCAGAGACGCGAGCUUUCGACGACUACAACGAACUCGGUCCAGACGAUGAUGCCAACGUACUGGACGACUUGUACAUUGAGUGCCGAGGCUUGGAACCCUCGGACCCGUCUGAGGGACACAAAAUCGCCGCAGGCUUGUUCGGUGGGUGUGUGUCAACAUUGACAGCAUACUUUGCUCAUAUCAGGCACCAUAAGGAUCCCAUGCAAUUACAACAACUUCAAAUAAACAGGGUCGCGGAGACCCUAGGCCGCUUACGCUUAUGGGGCACUGGUAUCUCGCGUAAGGCAUUUGAGAUCUGUUUAUCACUAUCAGAGACAGUGCAGGACAGUGUCCUCGAAAUUCUUUCAGUACUUGCGGCAGUUCUGCUUCAAGGUAAGUCAAACCUCUUGGUAUGGUCCUACCAUUUCAUUUUCGAUAUGCCAGGAAGCAGCCUGUUGUUGGAUGGACUGCUGACGUCCAUUACAUACGCACGAAUGUUUCUCAGGCUGCAGGAUGGAGAUGACCUCCAUGGCCUCUAUUUAAAGGCGGCAAGAGAGCCCUACACGGACUUCACAUCCUGGAUCGAGGCCAUUGAAGAGAACGUCACACUUCUCUGCGACCUCGUUCCCACCAUUCAGAGCAUAGUGAACGAAGCAUGUGAGCUUCAAAUAUCGGACACGCCUGCGACAAAUCCAUACCAAUGGGCUGAACAUCAGCUACCAGAUAACAAGACGGCCGCUUACGAAUUGCGCUCUUCCUUUUCCAGUGUCGAUAAGAGUCCAGGGGCAGUAACAACGAGACCCGAGGCCACAAUCUUCAUCAAAGAUUAUUUAGAGGAAGUCUGGAAAUAUAAAAGAGCCGAGCAAGAUUCAACACUGACACACAAUUUGAUAGCAAAGAAGUCGUUCGUCACUUUGAAAUAUCCGCCUAAACAUAUUCAGUUCAAGUCAAUAUGGCUGAAAGACGCGAGUGGAAGGGGAUACAAAAGCUCGGAAGCUGUCUUGCUCGCAUGGAAAUUCCCAAGCAACCCCAUGGUUCACCGUAGUGAAUUCUAUAUCGUUGAAGCUCUUCCAGAGGAUGUUGAUGUAUUGCUGGGAAAGGACAGCCAUGCUAUUGACGAGAAUCUGAAUGCGGAGCAAAGAGGAUCUCCCUUCUCAGGUCUUAAGACCCACCUGUCUCGAGAUUUUCGUGGCACCAGUGAGUUUAACUAUUGUCUUGUUGCAUUGAUCCCGCUUUCACGCAGAGAUCUGCCGUACUCUUGA